AUGAGAUGUGUAAAUUCUAAUUAUUCUAAAUAUCAAAAAUAUUUUAAUAUUUGUUUGCGUGAAUGGUACUAUCAGCAUAAAAACGGGAGUUAUUACUACUACGCCAAUAUUCCUGGAAUCCUUUUCACACCAUUAAAGUAUUGUUUAUUCCCUAACCAAUCUCUAAUAUUCAUAUUUACACUGAUAUUUUCUAUUAAUUAUUACUUUAGGAUUAAUAAAAGGUUAAAUAACAGUCAAAUAUUGAGUAAUUGUGCAGAAUUGCAUUUUAAUAAAUUUCCCUUGGCAAAAUUCGAUAAUAUUUCUGACGUCAAAAGAGCUUUGCACAUUGGUUAUGAUAUAUCUUUUUUUAAACUUUUUUUGAACUACUUACCACAAACUUCAGACACAUAUAAUUUUAUUUACUGUAACACAUACGACACUCUUUUCAAUAUAUACCACAAAUACUCGAAAAGGUAUAAAAUUGACAUAAAUUCUACAUUUGACAACUUGAAUUUACUGAGUGGGAAUCUUCUUAACCUUCAACACCUCUUCAACUCUCAAUAUUUCAAAUGUGUAGUUCUAUACAUCAAUUCAAAAAAUUUCAAGGAAAUAUUAAAUAAAGAAUUAAUUGAUAAUUUUCAUAAAAUAUUGACGUCAUCUGGCUAUGUAAUAGUAGUAACAAACGAUAUUAAUGUGAACAACAACCUCAACGUAUUCUUCAAUAAAGAUUGGAUAAGCGGGAUCCUAGGGGAUAAACAAAGUGGAAACGAGGAUUUGAGAUUAUAUGUAGGAAUUAAAGAGAAAUUGGAAAUCCUGGAUAAAAUUAUAUUUGUUCAUUGCUUCUAUAAAUUAAAUAAUAAUAAACCAAACCAGAACUUGAAUAAAAUAGUACCACACAAAAUUGGAUCAACUUCAUAUUUAAUAAGCGAACAAUGUGAUUUAAUUAAUUCCGGCAAUGGAAACACAGACGGUGAUAAAAAUACAGGUACAAAACGGGUUCACAAUAUACUGAAACAACAACUUAAUCUUUUAAAUUCUAAUUCCGAUCCGGAUCCUGAAACCGAUACUAAUAUAGAAUCUGCUGCUAGUUCAGUCAGUAGAAGUGUGAAAAGGAAAAGCAAACCUCCCACUAAAAGUAAAAAUAUUAAAACUGAUAAAAAUUUUAUUGAUUUGCUAACUGGUGAUAAGGCCACUAAAGCACAGACAGAUACUUCCUUUAAGUUUGCACUAAAUACAUCCUAUUUAAAGUUUACUCAAUUAUUUACUUAA